AUGGACGACAUCGAAACCGUUCAACCGUUCGUCUUCUUGACGCGGGACGCUUUGAAGAAUCAACCCCUUCCCUGCAACGACUCCCGACUGAACUUGGAGUCUUGGGUGGAGAGGCCGAAGAGCGCCGAUACGUUUCGAAGGAGGGGUAUACUGGACGCUGUAAAGAGGAGGAUCACCACCCCCCCUCCCCCGGAGAACGUUGCCCCGUCGACCACGUCGAGGACCGCGGCCCACAACAAUUUGAACCCACCGAGAGCGAGCGUCCAUCAGCAGAACAGGAUCGUGGUGAAGCGGCCCCUUCACCCGUCCGACAAUCUCACCAUAGUCGUGCAGAACAACGCCAUCAAUUCCCCGGUGUUCGUGAACGAUGCCAUUUACGGGUCGGACAUAAGGGUGAAUCCUUCCCUCAAUCAACACGCGCAACACAAAGAGACGGACGUCCCUCACGUGGGAUUGCUGCACAUCCCGGUCCACGCGCCCCCCCCGAAACCCAUACCCACCGUCCAUCCCCUGGGGAACGUUCAUCGCCCUUACGCCGACCCGAAUAACCCGAAUCCUUGGAGGAACGGGUAUCGGCCAACCUACCCGUCCGAGGACGUGGUGUUCGACAGUUUCCCCGCUACCAGCCCCAGGCCAACUUUGUACACGUACUACACGAAUUUCGUGAAAACGCGAAACCCGGCUGAGAACGAUCCGAAAUCGAAUCCCAACGGUUCCCAACAAUCGUCGGUUCAAACCGUUCCCCCGGAUAUUUGGCACAAGUUGCAUUAUUACCAAUCUUCACCCUCGCCUUUCACGGACAAAAACGGACCGUAUCCUACGGCGAACAGUGGACAGAAGGAUACCGAAAACAGAUACACCACGUCGUGGUCGCCCACCGUGCCCUCCGAUCAUCCAACGUUGGAGUUCGAACGAGAGAGGAAGCGAUCCGAACGACUCGUCCGAUUAUUCGACUCCCCUAUUCGAUGGGGGGACGGUUUCUAUCAGAUUUUUGCGACGCGACCCAAGGUUCACGGUGCGACGAUCGUGACGGAGGCAGCGGUGGGUUACAAGAUCGAGGAUAAGACGGACGAGGAUGAUCGGGUUAGCGAAAUUCCGAAACCGCUGCCCGUUCGAUCGGAUAAGAAGGAAGGAGAGGCGAGGAAGCCUGGCCAGUAUUAUUACGAGAGGAACGCGUUGCAUCGGUAUCCGGAUCGAGGAGAGACGUCUAACGGUGGGGGGACGCCGAUCGAUGAUCGCGGAGCCGUUAUCGGGGCUUCCGUGAGAAACGAGGAGAUUGUCGAUGGAAAUGCGAACGAUACGGUUGGAACGAUGAAUCAAACGAGAAACGAUGAUCGUGUAACAGGCGAUGACGUGGAUCCAGGCGAGGAGAUUGAAACCGUUGCAUCGAGUUAUAGAACGAGCGAUUGGUCGAAUCCGGAAGAAGACUCGAGGCUGUGGUCGGUUUUCGAGAUGCCAAAAAUCCCAUCGAGCAGAGCCCCGGUUGCCAAGGAAUUGCCUAAGCCUAUGAGGCUAAAAAAUUACGCCUUCUAAGAAUCCUUUUCCCGAUUUCAUUUCGAUAGCAUUUUCUUUCUUUCUUUCUUUUCCCAUCCCCAUCCUUCGAACGAUCCACGUUGUUCACUCGAUUGCCAAUUAAUUUAAUCUCCACAACGUAGAUAUACUUAGCAACAUUAGUAUUUAUUACUCGUCUUUAGAGAAUAUUCUCACCACGUGUAGGAUGAUAAUUUAAGCGUCGUGUUUCGAUAAGAUUAUUUAGCCGAUAAUGUGCAAGAUACACGGUUAUUUAUAUAUAUAUACAUGCGGAAUAACUCACGCGACGAGCUCGUAUUGCACAAUGAUUGCAUGCGCUAAACCAUUUUCCGAAAGGGUCGGAUGGAAUGUAGCCUAGUUUUAUGCCAAUUUUAAACCGUCUCACCACGCUGCCUGGAACCAUUACUCGCUACUAUUUUCAGACCCCGCGUGUCGUUGCAUCUCGUAUACGGCCUGUCCACGCGUUAAUUUUAAUCGCAACACUUUAACAACGCGCCUCUCCUCGCCUUUCCACUCCGAUCAAGUGUUUCUCGAUGUACGACGAGGCGUUUCUCUUACACCAACAUUACGAACACUUCCGUUCGAUCGAACACGUUGUCGUUCCGAUUGAAACGCGAGAGUGGCAUCGUGUGUGCGCGAAUGUAAAGUUGUCUAUUACUUGUUUUCUUUGACGCCUUCUUUCUUUCUUUCUUUCUUUCUUUCUUUUUUUCCUUUUUCGCUCCCUCUUUCUUCUUCGUUAAAAGGAGAGAUUAUUCGUAGAAUAUUAUUCGAGGAUUUAAUUAAACAAUGGGAUGACAAAGUUAUUCUUUGUCGCCCAUUUAGAUUAUUUUUAGAUAGAUUUGUAGAUCGAGUAUGAUUUCUAGUUACGAGGUUAGAGGAAUCGCGUUGCUUUUAGAAACGGAGAAAGAAGUUUUCUUCGGAAAUCGUUGGCAAAUAAAGCUCGAAUUACUCGAGGAAAAUUCGGGCCGUUUUCGUGAUUUCGUUGAACGAAACGUCGAACGUUGCUUGUGCAGCUUCUUCAAAUUUAACUUGUAAGUUUCGCUUGGAAUGUUCUUACAUGCAAAUCUCUCCGCAAGAUGUGCUACCUUUCAUACCUUUGUCGAAUCUUACUUUAGGAGUGGCAAGAAUUAAAAUUUCUUUUGUUGUUGGCGAAUAAAAUAAAAAUCACGAUCGAAAUGAAACGUCCUGUUGAAUA